CAAAAGCAGCCGCAAAUUUUCAGGGCAGCUCCACAUCAUCCCCUGCUCCUGGUUUCACUUAUUCCUCAAUUUAUAAAAAUGUAACUGGAACAGAGGGACUUUCGCGGUGUGGAGGCUUGUGUGGAGAAGGAGUUUGUCGGCCGCAGCGUUGUUGGUGUUUUCAGCCUGUUGUUUGUGAAUUUAGCAGCUAAAGCUAGCCGUGAGGUUAGCUCCUCUUAAACGCCUGACAGACUGUCUGACCUGAGAUUAUCAACCGUGUUUACCGUCACGACUGACCUGACUGCUCGUCCUCAACCUGCCCGGGGCUGAUAUUCAGAAACAGAUCAGAGUUUGUCCAACAGGCCACAUCUUCCGCCCUUCUUUAAUCAGCCGUUAGGUGUGCUAAAUGAGGUAUGAGCACUCCAUUGCCUUUUGUAUCAAGAUAUAUUAUCGCAUUCUGGUCAGAGAAACAUGUUCUGAAAGACAACCACAGAGAAACGCUGACAUGGGAAGUCUGGGCAGCAGGUUUCAGUCCCCCUCUCAGGGUCCAGAAGAGGCUGCAGAGGGGACGAACACAAGCCGCAAGCAUGGAUGUGAGUGCAAGAAGAGGAAACGGAACGCUCAGUGCGACUGUGAGAGUGAACAAGAAGAGGACGACGCCAUACUCGAUACGCCACGCAGGAAGAAGCUGAAAAGCACAUCCCGCUACAUUUAUCAGACGUUGUUCUUGAACGGGGAGAACAGCGACAUUCGCAUCUGUGCUCUGGGACAAGAGUGGAACCUCCACAAAGUUUACCUGUGUCAGUCGGGGUAUUUCUCCAGCAUGUUCAGCGGCUCUUGGAAGGAGUCUAACAUGAUGGAAAUCAACUUGGAGAUCCCGGACCAGAACAUCGACACUGAAGCUCUACAAGUUGUGUUUGGAUCUCUGUACCGAGAUGAUGUUCUCAUCAAACCCAGCAGAGUCGUCAGUAUUCUUGCUGCUGCGUGUAUGCUACAGCUGGAUGGCCUUAUCCAGCAGUGUGGAGAGACCAUGAAGGAAAACAUCAGUGCAAAGACUGUGUGUGGAUACUACGCUUGUGCCACUAUCUACGGCUUGGAUUCAGUCAUGAAAAAGUGCCUUGAGUGGCUUCUAAACAACCUGAUGACCCACCAAAAUGUUGACCUAAUGAAAGAACUUGGGGCAGAGGUGAUGGAGCAACUCAUCCAGUCUUCUGACCUGUUCGUCAUGCAGGUGGAGAUGGACGUAUACACAGCUCUGAAGAAGUGGAUGUUCCUGCAGCUCAAUCAAGCGUGGGAUGGCCCGAUCAAGCAGCUUCUGGCUGACGCUGACGCCUGGCUCUGCAAACGCAGGACUGACCUGUGUGAGAAGGAGCCUUUCUUGAACACAGAGGAGGGCGUUGCAUUUCGCUCAGUGUUCAAACACGUUCGUCUGCAGUACAUCAUCAACGACCUGGCAUCUGCUCGCAUCCUGGAGAGAGACAAUAUUCUGCCGCCUGAUUGGUUAACGUCGGUGUACAAAAACCAGUGGUUUGCGAUGUUGAGGACAGAAUUUGACAACGAUAAUGGUCCUCAAGAAGCAAACAAAGAUGAGUUUGAGCUGAGCAGUAUGAGGUGUGGCAGAAAACUUACAAAAGAUGGAGACUACUGCUGGCGAUGGACUGGCUUUAACUUUGGUUUUGACCUACUGGUGACCUACACAAACCGCUUUAUAGUCUUCAAAAGAAAUACUCUGAGUCAACCAUGUGGGGGCGCUGUUAGCCUACAACCUCGAAGGCAUCUGGCAUACAGAUUACGUCUUGCCUCUUUUGACAGCCGUGGAAAGCUGGUCUGCAGCCGCUCAACAGGCUACCAGCUCCUCACGCUCGAGAAAGACCAGGAGUACGUAGUGAUGAACCUGGACAGCCGGUUGUUAUCAUUCCCUCUCUAUGUGUGCUGUAACUUCCUGUAUACGUCGCCUCAGUCGGACCAACGUUCAGAUUCCUCAGAACAAGAAAGUAGUCCUCGCAGCGUGUCUUGAUAAUGAGUCAGCUGCCUUUAACUGCGACUAGUCCUCUGGUAAAGCUGAGACUUGACACUUAUGUACAAUCCACUGCCAUAUUUAACAUCACUCUGACAUGAGUCGGUCAUAUCGUCUGCAUGCUGUGUAACCCAGUGAGGGAAAUGUUUCGUGUCUGUGUAUUUAGUGUUUUGGCACAUUCAGACUCAACUGAGUAUAAACCGGGUUAACAGUUUAAUGGUGAUGUGGCCAGAAAGGAAAGGACCCCAUUUACCUUCAGGGCAGCUCCACAACCAACAAGAACUGAGAUAAUUGACCAUUUCUUCUUUAAAGAUGAUUUAAUCCUGCUUUGGACUUUUCACAGCUUUAGACAGUAGAGACAUGACUUACAGAUCUGGUGAUUGUGAAGACAGUGCAACAGUUUGGCUUAAAUUUGUAUUAAAGGUGACAUAUCAUGCCCUCUUUUGACCUUUUAACACAGUCCCCUGUGGACUUAAUAAAACAUCUGUGCUGUGCUUUGGCCAAAAUCUAAUAUAGCCGUGCACCAGAAGAGGUUUUUGACCCUGUAUAAACCAGCUUUUAGACUGUCACAGUGGGCGCAGAUUCGGAGAGAUUUCCAGACAUAGACAGUCGUCUUGGUUGGCUUAUUUCAUGUUCUGUGGGAUGGAAGCUACUCAAGAUACUAAAAUACAUCUGCAGAAGUACUAAAAGUGGGUUUUUAUGAUAUGUCCUCUUCAAUGAAGCCACUCUGUUUCUGUUUAUCUGUGUAUGGAGGCAUUAACACCAUGGUAAUAAGAGAUAACAUCCCGAGGGAACAGCACUUGAGAUUUAAACAAGGUCAAUCCUGAUUUGGUGCCUUUGAACGCUCCACCAGAACAGUGCUGUUUUGAAACAUGUUGGCACAUGUACUACAGCAUUUCUAAUCAGCACACAAAUCUUCACCUGCCAUUUGAAGCGACUUAAAAAAACCUCUCCUUACAUUUUGUAAAGAAAAUACACCAGCUUGAGCUGUCAUGAUACCACAAUUUUAAAAUUACAUCUGAAAUUGGGGAAAUCUGUCUCCUCUGGCCUGGGAAUGAUGCAAAAUCCCAAGGAGGGGCUGGAAAAUGUUGCAAGGGAGAGGGAUGGCUGGAUCAGCUGGCUUAGGCUGGCCACAUGCUCCAUGAUUUUAAGGCUGACUUUAGGCCAGUUUUGGCAAAGUCAAGGGGCGUGUCCCAAGUUGAUGCUCGUCACAAAUGAUUAUUUGUCCAAAUAAUCCUCAGAUGUGCGGUGCCGUUGUGUUUAUUUUAUAAACUGCCUACCGUGGCAGAGCCUUACUGACUUUGAACAGUAAACAUCCAGCGUGUUGGGUAUUUAUGAUUCUUGGUCAGACUGCUUCCAGUGAGAGAACCACAACAUCCAGAAUGACAAACUGACUUUUUGGCAAGACAGUCUGGCUGCAGACCGUUCUGACGUCCAUUUUUACAGACGCUGUGUAUCUCAGAAUCAAAAUACAAGCUAAAACUUUACAAAUAAAUUUAGAUUAAACUUCCUUUUAGGGUAAGAGUUAGGAUGCCAAAAGUCAAACAUCAGACCUGCACAACCUGGUUAGAAAACAUUUAAUAAAGCUGAGUAAACAGUCUGCUAACAGAAAAAAAGCUCCUCCUCCAUUAAAAACUUCUAACACACAUAGUUCCUUUAGCCACAUAAGCUGCGUAGAUAAAGGAACUACUUAGCUAACAUAACUAAGCUCACAAAGCAGCUACAUAAAUUGCGUAGUUUAGUAAGCUUUAGCUAUGUUUGCCAAAGUUCAAGUAGCUAAAGCUAACUUAGCUACAUUAGCUUAUGUAGUAAUGUUAAUUACGUAGCUAUGCUAAAUCUAAUGAAGCUAAAGAGUGCCACCAUUCAUGUAACUAUUUCUAAAACAGGUCUGUGCAUAAUUUAAUACCAGAUUAGACCUAACUUAUUUCUGCUUUAUUUAUGAAACAAUUCUUAGUCUGUAACUUUUGUUUUGUGGUUAUUUCAUGAAUGUAACUGCCAGACUUUGUUGAUGAAUGAAGUUGGGUUAAAAACGUAAUCUAAAACUGGAAAUGAGCUGUACCUGCAAAGUACGGCACUUCCUUUCUGAGCUAUACGGUGUCUCAGGUGAAAAGUCUGUGAGAGUGGCCGUCAGAAAUGUAGAGUCUGCAGCCAGACCCCUCUUGUUUUUGGUCAAAUUGUAACCAAACAUUCCUAGUUUGAUUAAAACUUUUCUAUGCCAUCAAUUACUAGAGAAGCAGAUCUCUCAUUUAAAAUAAUUUAAAAUCAUGUGAUACUCAUAUUGAUUAAACCAUGCAAACCACAAAGCUGAAAAAAAUCUAUUGAAGUUGGACAGUGUCAUUAUCAACCACCACUGUUUAUUAUCUACUGAUACAGAUUCAACAUUUCACCUGCUGUCCUAGAAAGGACCAGUGACGACACUCAACAGACUAACUUUAUGAAUCAAAAAUGCAGUACAAGCAGGAAGUGUUUUACCACUCUUUAACCCUUACAAGCCACGUCUCUGCGCUUUCCUACACCACAGCAGAUUCUGUUAAAGCUUUCAUGAGAUUCACUAGAUCAUCCCCAGUGUCAAGUUGCCAUUGGACUUUGUAAAUAAAAUAUAACCUAAAAUCUAUUGUGUAAAAACUCCAUAUAUAAACCUUUAAAUAAGAACAAAUAUGCCUACAAGUGACUAAAAGAUCACUACCAGGAGGAUAUCUCAGACUUUGACGUAGACUUUCAUUACAGGGUCAGGAUCCACAGGUAUCAGAAUAAUGUUUCUUUACAAAACUCUUCAUUACUUAGUUAGCCUCUUUGACACAGUUUUGAGAUGAUAACUAACACCAGCACUCGGAUGUUCACAUUGUGUUAAAAUUCAGAGACAUAUUUUUAAAUGGCUUUCACCAGCUUAUCUGGACUACAGAGUGUCCAUUAACUUGCAUCACUGUUCCUGUACCAUUACAGUUACUUUGUCGUACACUUUUGUACUCUUGUUAGGUCAGCAUUUGUUUGGCAGUUGUGGACAUCUGUUACCUCAUGCUGUAAAAAAAAAAAACAGUACAUGUACAGCUAAGGAGUCAGUAUGACUUGCCUGUAAAGCAUCAACUGUAACUGUCAUUGUUAUUUUGUUUGGCAUUUAUUUAUUUUGUACUUCAUUUGUAUUUGUAUAGAUUUAUGUUUUUUGCAAAAUAAAAUGUGUACACAAUACCUGACAGCCAAUAAAAACGCCCCUUCAUGUGGGCUGUGGUGCUAUCA